CACACUCUGCUCUGAGAGGUGAAAGCAGAAGACGGAGGCAGACCAGGGCUGCGCUGACCUCCUCGGCUGUCCCCCACCACCCGGAGGAUGGAGACCCUCAACACAUCAGCCCCCCUCAAUUUCACCCUGCCGCCCAACUUUGGCAAGCGCCCCACGGACCUGGCGCUGAGCGUCAUCCUGGUGUUCAUGUUGUUCAUUGUCAUGAUCUCCCUGGGCUGCACCAUGGAGGUCAGCAAGAUCAAGGCGCACUUCUGGAAGCCCAAGGGGCUGGCCAUCGCCCUGGUGGCGCAGUAUGGGAUCAUGCCCCUCACCGCCUUCUCACUGGGCAAGCUCUUCCGGCUGAACAACAUCGAGCUGUUGGCCAUCCUGAUCUGCGGCUGCUCCCCAGGAGGGAACCUGUCCAACAUCUUCAGCCUGGCCGCCAAGGGGGACAUGAACCUCAGCAUUGUGAUGACCACCUGCUCCACCUUCUUUGCCCUGGGCAUGAUGCCCCUCCUCCUGUACAUCUACUCCAUGGGGAUCUAUGACGGGGACCUAAAGGACAAGGUGCCCUAUGGAGGCAUUGUGAUCUCCCUGGUCCUGGUCCUCAUCCCUUGCAGCAUAGGAAUCUUCAUCAAUGCCAAGCGGCCACAAUACGUGCGCUAUAUUGUCAAGGGAGGGAUGAUCAUCAUGCUUUUGCUUACUGUGGUCAUCUCGGUCCUUUCGGCCAUCAACGUGGGCAAGAGCAUCAUGUUUAUCAUGACACCACACUUGCUGGCCACCUCCUCCCUGAUGCCUUUUAUCGGCUUCCUGAUGGGCUACGUUCUCUCUGCGCUGUUCCGCCUCAACGGACAGUGCAGGCGUACGGUGAGCAUGGAGACCGGCUGCCAGAAUGUCCAGCUCUGCUCCACCAUCCUCAACGUGACCUUUCCUCCGGAGGUUAUCGGACCGCUCUUCUUCUUUCCUCUCCUCUACAUGAUCUUCCAGCUUGGGGAAGGCCUUCUCUUCAUUGCCUGUUUUCGGUGCUACCAGAAAUGCCAGGCUCCCAAGGAUAAAACAAAAAUGAUCUACACAGCUGCCACAAGCGAAGAAACAGCUCCAGCAGCUCUGGGGAAUGGCACAAUGCCAAAACCCAUCUGAUGUCAGCAACAUCCUUUGUUCCACG